AUGGCUACCCAGCCAGCGUAUAGGCCAGAGAGACCCCCACACCCCGACCGCCUGUGGAUCUGGGAGAAGCACGUGUACUUGGAUGAAUUUCGUCGAAGCUGGCUGCCCAUAGUCAUCAAGAGUGACAGAAAAUUCCAGGUGAUCAUGCGCCAGGAAGAUGUCCCCUUGGGGGAUUCUAUGACCUCUAGUCAGCUGGUGCCUUAUGAGCUUCCUUUAAUGUGGCAACUGUACCCUGAGGAAAGUUCAGAGACGUGGAGGACAUGUUACUUGAACUGA